GCGCUGUGUGCGUUCACGUCCGGGUUGAGGCAUGAUUCGCCAAAUUUUUUGUUUUUGGAAGUUGAGUCUGACAUUUUUUAUACUCUUUCCGGUUUCUAUUGACAUUUAGAGACGCUCACUGUCAGCACUUUACACUCCAGUAUGAGCAGAGCAGUGGAUUCAAAGAUGUCUGGUUUUAUUCUGUCACCAAUAGUAAAACAAAACAAUAACGGGUUUAUAAUCCGAGGUUUAACAUAAACUUGAUUCAUGUAUUUCAUUAACCUUAUGAUGAUAUAAUGCGAAACAAGAACCUGCAGAGAGUAAAGUUGAAUUCCCAGGUGAUAACUAGUGGGCGUGGCACAGAACAGGUGGAUGACGGCAGGAGGAAAUGUGAAACCGGAAGUGUGAUAAACUGGAUUGUUACUUUCUCGGUGUGUGGACGUAAACAAGACCGGAUCGCGGAGAGACUCUCACAGCAGAAGAUGCCAGAGAGGGGGAGACACCAGCAGAGGAGCGAUGAGUACAGGAGCAGGGAGAGGGACCCCUCACACGAUGGAGACCAUCACCCUCCCUCCGGGGACAGAGGUCGCAACCAGAAGCCCAGAGACACGGACAACAGAGGUUCUGCUGGUGACAGGAGGCCCCAACAAGACAGGCAGAGGGACAUGACAUCUGCCCCUCAGAAGGAGCCACCUGCUUACAGGGACCACAGCCACGGCCGUGAAGGACACUCCACACUGUCCAGAGAGACACCAGUGCCUCACUCUGAAGAGGAGAGUUAUGAGCCACAACACAGACGAAAUCUUUACAAUCUGAAAUACAUCUUAACCAGUAGAGGUCUGUGUCAGCUUAUGGAGGUGCUUGUGAAUCUGCUCCUCGUCAUCUGUGCUGGGGUGCCACACAGCAACCAGGGGGGUUACCGGGACCUGGCCAGCCUGGGUGGCAUCUACUAUUACCACUUUGGUGGAGCCAAUGCCUUCACCGGGGCCGACGCAGACAGGGUGAAGGAGCUGGACCGGCUGUUCCAUCAGCUCAAGCUGCCCCCGUACGUCUUCACCAUGGCCUGCGGCGGGUGUCUGAUGGUCUACGCCUGCAUCAUGCUGGGCCUGGGGAUUUUCCGAGUCCCUUACCGCUUUCCGCCUGUGCUGCUGGGGGAGGCUCUGCUGAACUUCCUGAUCGGCCUGGGCUACAUCCCUGCCCUGGCCUUCUACUUCAUUAAGCUGCAGGAAACCUACAAUAAUCCCAUCUGUACGGAGAGGGAGCAAAUGUACAAGAGCAAAGGGCACAAGGGCUUUGAGUGCAAGUUCCACGGGGCGGACAUCGCAGGAGGUCUCUUCGGGGUGGUGGGGGUGGGGGUGUUCAUCUUUGGUACGGUGUUAGCUAUCAGAGCUUUCAGGUCAGUGCGAGAGCGAAAGAGGCAAAGAACAAAUGAGGACGAUCGUUUUUAAGCUGCCUUUUCUCCUCGACAUAUGGCGGCAGUGGGAUUGAGAAAGAAUCCCUGUGAGAAGAAACAGUGUUAGUUUUUUUUCCAUAUUAGGUCUUCACUUCUAGUAUCCACUUUUUAUCCACUUUUUUAUACUUUGAUAAAUUGUUUACAUUUUUAUAAGGGAGAAUACUUUUACAUUUUUUACCUCUUAACCAGUUUCCAUACAUGUUUGUCUUUUGUGUGUAGCUGUGAAGUUAUAAUAAACAACUCAAAUAGCAUUUGAUUAUUUACUUUAUAUUUAAUUACUUACUUUAGUAUCACUGUAAACUGAUUGACAAAGGUGAUAAUAUCAUUUAAUUCCUUCUGGAAUAGGGUGUGUAAGUAUAUCAGCAUUUGUCUUUACUUUUAAGGACGAGGUUGGCUGAUAUGUUCUAUAGGCCGACAUCUCAUAGGUCAAAUAACUUUUAUAUCCCACGACUAAAUUAUUUUGGAUUCCAUAGAUCUCAGCAAAGUCUGUGGAUCAUUUAUCCUUCAAAGUGAAUCUUGAUACACACUGCUGAGGGAAAAUGUCCAGUUAUCAGUGUUGCCAUUGAGCGACAGUAUCUUUCUAUUUCCUUGGAAUCAAUUUGAACAAAGCAGUCACACUUUGUUCCAGUCUUGUCCUGUUUAAACCUUUCUAAUAAAACACAGAUCUACUGUGUUUAUCAGUGUUAA